CACUGUUGACACACGCUCAGCUCCUUCCGAUAUCCGUAGCUUGGCUUUCUCCCAUCGCUUUGUAGUAAUCAAGUGUUGCAGUCUCUUGAGCCUGAGUUGACUUCUGAAUCCAAGCGGCCCAGGCGACGCGGAGGAAGGAGAUGGUGUGAGCGUGGUACCUGACGCUAAGCUUCUUAGCCCCGCUAAAUCGGCGUCGACUUAAUCCUUCCGCAGGAGAAGCUGCCGAGCCGUCGCUUGCCGUUUUCCAGCAACAGUCAUGGACGAGCUUCUGCUGGCCAGCGGCGGCGAGGAAGAGGACCCUCGCUCAGAACGCUCGUCCUGCGCGGCCGGGGAUGGAGGGGGAACAGCGGAGUGCCUCAAGUCUUUCCUCUGCACCACUGCCAGCCGUGACGUCCGCCUGACGCUGCGCAACUUUGCCAAGAGGAAUGGCCUCCUGACCCUGUCGGUGGCGGCCGUGCUGACGGGCUGCGCGCUGGGAUUUGUGCUGAGGGCCACGCAGUUGUCCACGCAGGCCAAGAUCUACUUCUCCUUCCCUGGCGAACUUCUCAUGAGGAUGUUGAAGAUGCUCAUCCUGCCACUCAUCACCUCCAGCUUGAUGUCGGGCCUCUCGUCGAUGGAGUCUCGUGCGUGCUGCCGCAUGGGCGUGCUGACGGUGACCUACUACCUGUGGACCACCUUCAUGGCGGUGGUGGUGGGCAUCGUGCUGGUGAUCAUCAUCAAGCCGGGCGCCGGCACUGACAUGGAGAGCAACCGCCUGGGGGGCGGGCCCGUCAUGACCUCGGCCGAUGCUCUCCUUGACCUCAUCAGGAACAUGGUCCCGUCCAAUCUGAUCGAGGCAACCUUCCAGCAGUACAAGACGGACCUGGUGCCCAUUCUGAAAGUGCCCGCCCGGACGGUGAUGCCCAACUUUGUGUACAUGCUGCCCGCCGCCGAGGGCCGAACAGUGGUGCUGGAGCUGACGCCGCCGCCCCAAGUGACGUACAAGACCAACCCGGGAAGCAGCCAGCAGAUGAACGUGCUCGGCAUUGUCAUCUUCUCAGCUACCAUGGGAUUACUGCUGGGCAGGAUGGGCGAGCGCGGCGCGCCGCUGGUCAACGUGUGUCAGUGCAUCAACGAGUGUGUCAUGAAGAUCAUAAACGCCGCUGUGUGGUACUUUCCAUUCGGGAUCAUCUUCUUGGUGGCUGGCAAGAUCCUGGACAUGCAGGACCCCAGAACUUUGGGCUGCAAGUUGGGCUGGUACGGCGUCACCGUGCUGGCCGGCCUCUUUGUGCAUGGCCUGCUGCUGUUGCCCCUCUUCUACUUUCUGCUGACUGGGAAGAACCCGUUCACCUUCAUCCGCGGCCUGCUGCAGGCCUUGGUCAUCGCCCUGGCCACCUCGUCUAGCUCGGCCACACUGCCCAUCACCAUGAAGUGUCUCCUGGAGAAGUGCCACGUGGACCGGCAGAUCGCCCGCUUCGUGCUACCCGUGGGCGCCACCAUCAACAUGGACGGCACGGCACUCUACGAGGCCGUGGCCGCCAUCUUCAUCGCGCAAGUCAAUGACUACGAGCUGGACUUUGGCCAGCUGGUCACCAUCAGCAUCACCGCCACAGCCGCCAGCAUCGGUGCGGCCGGCAUCCCUCAGGCGGGCCUGGUUACCAUGGUGAUCGUGCUCACCUCCGUGGGCCUGCCCCCCGACGACAUCACGCUCAUCGUGGCCAUCGAUUGGAUCCUGGAUCGAUUUCGCACCAUGAUCAACGUGCUGGGCGACGCGCUGGCGGCGGGCAUCAUCGCACACCUGUGUCGCAAGGACUUCCCCCUCAGCGGCGAGGGAAAGACCGUCCCGUCGUACGGCACACAUGAGUGCAGCAACGGCGCCCAGCACGUGGACGUGCCUUUGACACACGUACACACGCAUGGAGAUGGCGACGCGGCAUUUGAGAGGCACGCGCACACAGUCUACUACAACAUCUGCCAGGUGUGAGUGCGAACGCGGUUAUCCCCUGUUACCGCGGCGACAUGAACAUUCCAACGACCUCCGUGUCACCCGAGCAAUCUUCUGGGUGUAUGCGCAUGCGCAGGUUUAGCCACUGACCACGCAAGAUCGUCGCGUCUCUUCUGACAACGAGUGAGCGUCAAUUUUGCUGGCGUGCGUCUCUUGGGGCCCAUUCUCGAGCUUUGGCGCUUUACUUUCCGUUUCCAUGUCAAUGUCGACAAAGCAACUCGUGCGUCAACCCUCGCGUUGAUUUUCUUAGUAUUAGUUCGUGCCAAGGUUAUUUUAGGUCACGAAAACAAAGUAACUCAAAUUGACAUUGAAAAACAUUUUUGUUCAUGAAAAAAAAAACGUUCUCACAAAUGAAAACUGACACGUUUUAUGUUCACAAAAGUAAAAAGUAACAUUAAUCGUUGUAAAAAUUGAGUCGUUAAUGGACGAGCUUGGACUUGAUUUGAAAUGUGUUCGUUUCGGUAUUACUGCACGGAUGAAGAAUGUUUGAGCUGUGACUGGGGAGAUCUCGCAAAUGACGUCAACUUGCAAGCUAAUUGAAGCACCACCGGAUGACGUUGCGCCUCGGCGACGAAUUUUCUUCUUGGCCCAAAUUGGUCCCUGGCUUUUGUCGAUGAACUGAGCCGGAAAUGUAACGCUCGCUAUGAAGUGCAAAGAAAUGUUUUACUUAGAUUUGGAAGAAAUAUCGACAGUAUCACGAAAAAAUUGUGGAAGUUGGUUUGAUCCAAGGCACAAAUCCACGUUGCCACUUGGCCAACAAGGCUUCCUUGCUGUUUGCCAAGGCUUGACGUGCAUCCAACUUCGCCUCAUGUUAAUGAUGCGAUUCAUUCUGCGGACAAGUACCUGGAUAAUCACGUUUAGUCGGACUUUGACGACACGAUAUUGCAUGCUGUUUUAAUCUUUCACACAAUUUAGCAAAUUUAAAAAAAAAAAGACAAACUAAAACACCAUGUUAUUGACAAAACUCAAACUAAUAAAAAAUUAACUAAGCCACCCUGAAAACGAACUAAAUUUAAAUCUCAAAACGAUAAAAUUCCAUUACUAUAUAGCCCUUGAAAACCCAAACUUGUGCACGAAAUCAAAACUACCUAAAAGGACAAUUGUACAAUUUGUAGCAGACCUGUGUAUGCGGGUUUGCAUUUGCUGCAUUUGUAAAAUGACAAUUGCACAAUUCGAAGCAGGCCUGGUCUGUGUGUGCGGCUUUGCGUUUACUGGAUUUGUCUGCCUUAAAGUCGGGGUCUCCCGUCUGCCAAGUGUUCAACUCAUAGACUUUUUCUACGCAUUUUUAAAGGACUAUUCUGAUGAUGCUGUAUGACAUUAAAAGAUUUUGUAACACGCUUUGGCAACGUUUUUUCUUGAUUUGGACUUUUCAGAGGAAAAAUGCGGAGGCAUUUUUGCAGCUGUCGACAAAGGCUUAUCGCCUUAGUGGCAUUUAGCUUGUCGGGGACGCUCAAAGGUCAAUGAUGACCCAUUUAUUUAACUUGACCUUGCCUGCCGGCUGGUAUUUUGAAGAGUCUAUUUGCUUCAAGCCGUCGCACUGACGUUAAUACCACCAAUUUUAGAUGGUUCAAUCAUCAUACGCUUCUUUUUAUUUUAUUUUUUAACUUUUAUCCAUACGCUUCUUUCACAUGUCCAAGUGAGGACCUGCGUGAACUUGGCCCCCCACCCCCCGCAAAAUUUAAGCAAAAUAGUCUGUUUCGUUUGUGCUUCGUUUGUGCUGGUUUGUGCAGCAAACAUUUUCGUUUGUGCUGCUAUGGUUUUUUAGUUAUGAACGAUUCUUUUAUAGGUCAUCCAGAGUUCACCCAGCCCCCCAUCUGCUCAAAAUGGACCCAAAAUGGUACCGUUCGUUUGUGCUUUGUUAGUGCUGGUUUGUGCAGCAAAAAUUUUCGUUUGUGCUACUUCCGUUUCGGAGAUAUUAGACAUUUAUUUAUAGCGAUGACGUCACCCAGCCCCCCACCUGUCUCCAAAUGGACCCAAAAUGGUACCGUUCGUUUGUGCUUCGUUUGUGCAGCAAAAUUUUUCGUUUGUGCUACUUCCGUUUCGGAGAUAUUACACAUUUAUUUUAUAGCGAUGACGUCACCCAGCCCCCCACCUGUCUCCAAAUGGACCCAAAAUGGUACCGUUCGUUUGUGCUUCGUUUGUGCAGGUUUGUGCAGCAAAAAUUUUCGUUUGUGCUGCGAUGGUUUUUUAGUUAUGAACGAUUCUUUUAUAGGUCAUCCAGAGUUCACCCAGCCCCCCAUCUGCUCAGAAUGGACCCAAAAUGGUACCGUUCGUUUGUGCUUCGUUAGUGCUGGUUUGUGCAGCAAAAAUUUUCGUUUGUGCUGCUUCCGUUUCGGAGAUAUUAGACAUUUAUUUUAUAGCGAUGACGUCACCCAGCCCCCCACCUGUCUCCAAAUGGAGCCAAAAUGGUACCGUUCGUUUGUGCUUCGUUUGUGCAGGUUUGUGCAGCAAAAACUUUCGUUUGUGCUGCUUCCGUUUCGGAGAUAUUACACAUUUAUUUUAUAGCGAUGACGUCAGGUAGCCCCGCCCCCUUGUUUACUUCCAAACGACCCAAAAUAGUGCCGUUCGUUCGUUUGUGUUUCGUUUGUGCUGGUUUGUGCUGCAAAAAUUGUACCGAUUGUGCCGGAUGCUACGGUUUUGCAGAUAUUACACAUUUAAUUCAUAGCGAAGACGUCACCCAGCCCCACGUCACUAUAUUUUGUCGCGAAUUUCAAGCUCCUGGAAUGCUCCUGAUGCAGGACGAAUACAAGGUAAAUAUGUUCUUAGCCUUUUUUUCUUUUCUUUUUACCUUACAGAAAACUUUCACUGCGGGGAAUGGCUUUUAGUAAGAGGAUAUUUCUGUAAUUAUGUUUGUAUCGUGCUCAUUGAUUAAUUUCCUUGUUUUCAAUAAGCCUAUGUGAUCAUUUUUUUCAAUUACAUCUGACAUGCAAAAGGUUCACCGCAACCUAAAUACCCUGAUGAGUCUGUCUGCUCCAAAACAUUAAUUAAUGCAACAAUUAAUACAUCCACCAUCGUUCCAGUAGCCAAGAAGCCCGCCAUCACAGGUCUGAAUGACUAUAGACCCGUCGCACUGACAUCUGUGGUCAUGAAAUCGUUCGAGAGGUUAGUGCUGAACCACCUGAAGGAGGUCACGGGCCCCCUGCUUGACCCCCUCCAGUUUGCCUACCGGGCAAACAGGUCAGUGGAUGAUGCGGUCAACAUGGGACUGCACUACAUCCUGCACCACCUGGACACCCCAGGAACGUACGCCAGGAUCCUGUUCGUGGACUUCAGCUCGGCGUUCAACACCAUCGCCCCUGACAUCCUCCAACAGAAGCUCAUCCAGCUUGCGGUGCCUGCCUCCACCUGUCAGUGGAUCACCAGCUUCCUGACCAACAGGAGACAGCGUGUGAGGCUGGGGGGCAUCACAUCUGACACCCGGACCACCAACACUGGAGCCCCUCAGGGUUGCGUCCUCUCCCCACUGCUCUUCUCCCUCUACACCAGGCAUGUCAAACUUAGUUUGGCUCUGGGGCCGGAUCCAGAGUUUCUUUUCUCAGGUGGGCCGGAUCAGUAAAAGAAUGUCAACUCCAACUAUUUAGCUUUGUUUUUCAGUACUAUGCUUUAUCAUUCAGCCUACAUUUGUAGCCUACCCUACAUAUUAUAAUCACGGAUGACAAGGGAUCUUUUCUAAGCAUAACACAUUUAUUCACAAACAAUGGAGAAAAAAAAUGAUUUUCAUGUUUGGCAUUGAAUGUGUUAACAACUGGUUUAUUUUAACAGUUGAGUGAAUGCAGUUUUACACCUGAACCAACUCACCACACUAAACAAACUCAAGUGGGAGCUAUGAAAAAAAAUGUUUUGCCUUAAUUGUCAUACUGCUUUGAAAUAAUAAUAAAUAAAAUUACAAAAUAAAGGUUUUAGCAGUGCAUGGGCAAUAAGAUUAGACUACAUCAGCUCAAACUACUAGGCUGGGCCUACUGAAGCUGAGAAUAUACUGCACAAUAUUAAUUGUCUUUAAUAUGAAACCAGAUUAAUCUUAUUUUUAAUGAUUUCUAUUCAUGCGUGCAAACAAAUGUGUCAUCACACUUUUUUCUCUCUCACUGCACUCCUGCAGUCUACUUGCUGCUGCUGGCUCCUGAAACUUGGCAUUUUUUGCUUUUACAAGUGCGUCGAUAUCAGGUGUCAAAUCCUGAGUAGCAGCACAUUUAACAAUGUCAUUCAAGUGUUCAUUUGUUAACUUUGAGCGCUGCUUUGUUUUAUUAUUGUUCAUCACGGAGAACACCUGUUCACAAAGAUAAGUAGUCUCAAACAUGGAGAGAACCUUUGCAGCCAUGGCUGUUAAUUUGGGGUAACCUGGCACAAGAUACUGAUAAAACGUAUCCAAUCCCACGGACCCAAAUGUAUCCUUCAUAGCGGAAUCGCACUGCAAGUCAAUAAGCUCGAGCUGAAUGUCAGCUGGCACACCAGAAGGCUUCACUGUAAAUGGCGAGCGAAAAAAGCCGAACUUGUUCUCAAGUUCACUGAAAACCUGAAACCUCCGCUCAAACUCUCGCAGCAAAUCUGUUAUGUUGUCUUUAUAUUUAUCCAAAUCGGGACGAUCCGGUGCCUUCGGACGCACAGCUGUGAGACAUGAGAAGUGCGUGGUGCCACCGCUGGAUAGCUGCGUCUCCCACAAUUUUGCCUCGUAGCUCAAAGAAGCGCUUGAGUACUACACCUCUGCUUAACCAGCGAAUGUUUAUUUCCUGGUACUAACUCGUGUCAGUGCCGCAUGGUGGACGUGAGCUCUUUUACACAUUUACUGCCCUCUAGCGGUCGGAGGGAGCAUUUGAGUUGUAUUUAUUUUAAAGAAUCAUAACUUUUGAUAGAAAUGAGCUAGUGACUCGCUUCUUUUUUUGACAUACUCAGAAAUUUAUGACGGGCCGGAUCAAAUCAUCCAACGGGCCGGGUCCGGCCCGCGGGCCGUAUGUUUGACAUGCCUGCUCUACACCAAUGAUUUCUCCUCAGGUGACUCCCCUGUGAAGCUCCUGAAGUAUGCAGACGACACCACUCUCAUCGGACUGAUCCAGGACGGUGAUGAGACUGCGUACAGACAGGAGGUGGAGCGGCUGGUCCACUGGUGCAGUCAAAACCAUCUGGAGCUGAACUCGCUCAAGACCGUGGAGAUGACAGUGGAUUUCAGGCGAGACCCUUCACCACUUUUACCCCUCACUAUCCGCAGUAAUACUAUUCUUUCCACAGACACCUUCAAGUUCCUGGGAACCACAAUCUCUCGGGACCUGAAAUGGACCGGCCACAUAGACUCUGUCCGGAAGAAGGCCCAGCAGAGGCUGUACUUCCUGAGACAGCUCAAGAAGUUCAACCUGCCGCGAGAGCUUCUGAAGACCUUCUACACUGCCAUCAUCCAGUCUGUCCUCUGCACCUCCAUCACUGUCUGGUUUGGAUCGGCCUCCAAACAAGACAAGCACAGACUACAACGGACAAUCAGAACUGCAGAAAAGAUCAUUGGAAUCAACCUCCCAUCUAUCCAAGACUUGUACCUGUCCAGGACCAGGAAUCGGGCAAGGAACAUCUCUACAGACCCUUCUCACCCGGGUUGCAGUCUGUUUGAACUACUCCCCUCCGGACGGCGUUAUAGAGCUCGGUACGCCAAAACCAGCAGACACAGAGACAGCUUCUUCCCCCAGGCUGUUGCUCUGAUGAACUCACACCACUCAUAGAGUCUCAGAGACAUUGCUGUGCAAUAACAUCCUGCUCCUCACACCUUUUUGAAUUUGUCUACACUGUUUUUGCCAUUAUUCACAUGUCCUGAAUGUUGUUAGUCACCUAAAUGUUGAACAGAGGGUGUGUUUCUACCGAAGUCAAAUUCCUUGUUUGGCACGCUCAAACAUGGCGAAUAAAAAACUCUUGAAUCU